CUCCCGGGCUGGCCUUCGCAUGCUGUCCUGGAUCACUGAGGACGCAGCCAAACCAAGCCCCAAGCCGUGCCGAGCCGAGCCGAGCCAAGCUACAGACUCCUGCUUGUAGGGGAGCUUGGGAGCCGAGGGAGAGACAGCAGGGACACAGGGAGGCUCAGGGGCCAGAAGACUCCCUUUCCCCCCAACCUUUUCCUUGGGACUGCACUGAGCCAGGGAAGAGGCCCGAGUCCAAACCUGGGCCUUUGACUAUCAGUGUUACAAACCAACUUCUUUACCUGAUCCCAGAAAGCAGGUUUUUUAAAAUAGACAUCUUGUGCAGUAGAAUGAGAAAGUACCUUAGUUCAAGAACCUCAUUCUUGCUAUGAGGAAACAGGCUUCCGGAGCUGAAGCCACUUCUUCAGGGUCGUUGCCUAGCCAGCUCGUCUCAAUCAGCAGUGCUGGAUUGUAAGGCGAUCAGAGGACUUUCACUGUAGAGUAGGAAGAGACCACAGUGGCUAGCCAGCCCAGUGUAGCCUUUUGCUGAUGGGGAAACUGAGGCCCAGAGAGGUUGCCUAAAUCAAAUGUAAGAUCAUAGGCUCGUGAUUUAGAGACAGAAGAGACCUUAGUGGUCGUCCGGUUCUGUUCGCGGAGGAGUACAGACAUGAAAGGAUUGGCACCGGGCCGCACAGGUAACAGUAGCAGAAUAGGGAUUUGAAUGGAGGUUGUCUGACCAUUUUCCAGUGCCUCCAGUGGCUUUCCCUUCUCUAGCCUGACGCCAACCUUCUUUAUUCCCAUUUUCCCCACUGAGUCCCAUACGGGACCCUAAAACUUCUGCCUUGCGUUCGAAGCCCCGCUUCAUCACGCCCUUUCCUUCCAGUGACACUACAAUCAGCUAUUAAAGAAGUUACCUGUCUUCAGCUCCUCCCUUCCAAUACUCCAUUCAGUCCAUCCCCCUCUGUUUUCCUUUUCCCAACCUCGGACCUUUUUUCCCCCCAUGCCCCUCACAGCGGGGGAGGGCAAGAGGACUACUGCUGCUGCCCGAGGUGGGCGCAUGGAUUUCCGGGGCAGGAAAUACGAACGGGGAAGCAACUGGUCUGACCCGGAGGUGAUGGAGCUGCUGCAGCUGUGGGCUGACAAGUCGGUCCAGCUGGAGCUGGAGAGCUGUCUUCGGAACCAGCACGUCUUUAAUCGGAUCGCCGAGGUGCUCCGGGACAAGGGGAUCCACCGCACGGGGGACCAGUGCAGGGAGAAGAUUAAGAAGAUGAAACUGGAAUACCGGAAGAUCAAGGACAGCAACAAGGCUGCCAGAGGAAGCCGCACGUGGAAGUUCUACGAGGUGAUGGACCGGGUCCUUACGAGCAGGCCUUCCGUCACCUACAACCCCAUGAUGGGGAAUGUGGGCACUCAGCCUGAGUUGCCUGGAGCCUUUGUUGAAAGUUACCAUCAUCACUUCACCCCUCCCAGCCUCCCCUUCAGUCAUUCCCAGAGCCCACCAGAGGUGAUGGAGAUCAAGUGUGAGCAAGUGGAUUCUGAUGAACAGGACCCAGUCCCUGAACCUCCUCCUCCCAUGACCUACCAGCCAGCCUCCCCCAAGGACCAACAAACAGAGCACAACUUUCUGGGGAGGGGACAGAAUGACUCCCCUCUCUCCAGGAUAGAGAUUCCCAUCGAAACCAGUAUCUCACCUUCAGGCUUUAGUGAACCUAAUUUAGCCUCCUCCUCCUCCCAGCUCCCAAGUGAGGGGCCCCAGCCUGAUUUUCCCUUUGUACACCGGCUCAGGCGGAAGUGGAAGGCCUUGAGGGUCCGAGACCCUGUAGACGAACUGCUGCUGAAGGUGCUGACAUCCCACCAGGCCAUGGAAGAGAGAUUCCUGCGUAUGGAGGAGCGGCGGGCACAGCGGGACCUGGAAGUGGAGGAGCGGCGUGUACAGCUAGAGCAGCGACGCUUAGAAUUGGAGCGGGAGCACGAGUUCCGAAUGUUCAACAUCUUUGCCCAGAUGCUCGGCAUCCUCAAGCAGGGGAGUGGGGUCUCCCCUGGCCCAGCAGCCCCCGUGCCUUGGCAGGGCUUCAGCUUGGCCUCUGGGGACCUGAGGGGAGCCAGAACACCCCAGGGGUCGGAGCACACAUUCCCCAUCUUGCAUGGGCUGAGUAACCCAGGGACCAAACACCCUCAGGGAAGUCCCUACCUCUCCACCCGAGGGAAUGACCUCAGAUUCAGACGUGGGGUCACUGAGGAGUGCAUCGCAGCCUACCAUGCGGACAAAUAUGAUGAAGACAAGAACCCCCAUGGCAUAAUUAACUUUGGGAUCAGUGAGAACAAGCUCUGCUUUGACAUGUUGUCCAAACGGCUGAGUCAGAGUGAUAUGCAUCACCUUGAACCUUCCUUACUGCAGUACCCAGAAUGGAGGGGACACAUGUUCCUUCGUGAAGAAAUAGCCCGGUUCCUGACCUACUAUUGCAAGGCUCCCACUCCACUCAAACCAGAAAAUGUGACCCUGUUCAACGGCUGCGGCUCUAUCUUCUCAGCACUGGCCACAGUUCUGUGUGACCCUGGGGAGGCCCUUAUGAUCCCUACUCCCUUUUAUGGUGGAAUUCUCAACAGUGUCUACCUCUAUGGGAAUGUCCAGCUGGUCUUUGCUCACCUGGAUAGCAAGAUCACAGAGACCAAUACCCGCCCCUUCCAACUUACUGUGGAAAAACUGGAGAUGGCCCUGCAGGGAGCCAGGUCUGAGGGGGUGCACGUCAAAGGUCUCAUUCUCAUCAACCCCCAUAAUCCAUUGGGUGACAUCUACUCUGAAGGAGAACUGCUGGAAUACCUGGAGUUUGCCAAGAGGCACAAGCUGCACGUCAUCCUGGAUGAGCUAUAUAUGCUAUCGGUGUUUGAUGAGUCGGCUACAUUCCACAGUGUACUGAGCAUGGACAGGCUGCCAGACCCUCAACGGACCCAUGUCAUGUGGGGGACCAGCAAGGACUUUGGUAUAUCCGGGAUCCGCUUUGGUGCGCUGUACACAGAAAACAAGGAUGUGUCCAGUGCCGCUGCCAGUCUCUGCUACUUCCAUGGCAUCAGCGGCAUCAUCCAAUACCAGAUGGCUCAGCUGCUGCGGGACCAUGAUUGGAUCAAUCAAGUUUACCUGCCAACUAACCACUCCCGGCUCAAGGCUGCCCACACCUAUAUCACAGAUGAGCUAAAAACCCUGGGAAUCCCCUUCCUCAACCGUAAUUCUGGCUUAUACGUCUGGAUAGACCUUAGGAGGUACUUACACUCGGGCACCUUUGAGGAAGAGGUGCUGCUGUGUCGCCGUUUCCUGAGUAACAAAGUGCUGCUGUCCUGUGGCAAGGGCUUCCAGUGCUUUGAGCCUGGCUGGUUCCGUCUCGUCUUCACUGACAAGAUCCACCGACUGCAAUUGGGAAUGCAGAGGAUCCGGCAAGUACUAGAGCAGCAGGCCCAAGAGCUACAUCAGAAGUUAUCUGUGCCCAGGCAGCUUUUGGAGCAGGAAGGCCAGGCAGACAGCACCGAGGAGGCAGUAUUUGUGCCUGGGCAUCAGGGGCCAACCCGUGGCACCAAGACAAGGGACCUGGUCGGGUUGCUUCAGCAACACAUGCACUCAUCUGCCUGACUGCAGAAGGACUCCCUGGAUCAGUUGACCCAGGAAUAGCCUGGGGCCUUGGAUGUGUUCAACAAGCUAGCCAGCAAACAGUAGAGGCUCAUAUGUGAGGGGCUGGGGCAGCAGUGCAGGGAAAAAGCCUCUUUUGGACCCAGGUAGCAUCCCAUUGCAAACAGUAAUGAUGGAGGUCUUUGCUUGAGCCGGUCUCAGGAGCUUCCUGAAGAACACAGACCUAUCCUGAGUUCCCUCUUUCCUGGUGUCCAAGAUGGGCCACUUCUGUUUGUUCAGGAGCUAAUUUGGCGUGUUGGUGUGGGGAGCAGUCACUAUCUUCUCUGUGGCCCUUCCAAGGGAGUGGGGGUACCCUAGAUUUGGGUUCUUGUAAGUGGGGUGAAGGGCCAGUCUUCCUUCUUAAGUAACUUUGGAGAUUGUUGGUUUUUUCUAU